AUGAAUGUACAUUUAAAUGUAUGUAAGGGGUACAAUGCAGCUCUCAAGACCUCAUGCUUCUCCCGACACCAGGUGACCGGAAAAAGCUCAUUUCGUCCUGGAUACCCGGUUCAUGCCAGGAUCGUUGUAACCCCAAGUAAGGCGAAACUCAGCACAAGAGUGGCAUUUUCCGUCCCAGAGAAGAAUGCUCUUCCUGCAAAAGCCAGGGGCGAGACACCUUCAGUGCAGCGGCAAGCAGUGCAGCACUUCCGCAAACUUGCAGCUGCUGCCAAGAGAAUCAAGAGAGACUCGGAUCGGUUUGCCAAGGCUCGACAGCCAACACCUAAGAAGCUGCUGGCAAUGAUUGGGCUUGCCACUGAUGCCUCUGGUGCCGUGAAGCUCGCAGGUGGCUCAGUGGAUGCCCUGGGAGCGCAAGGCUUAGCUGAUCUGCUCUGGGCAUUGGCAGCGUUUGGUGGAAGGUCCUAUUUCAAGGAUGAGAUGGAGGCAGUGUUGGAGGUUUUGGAUUUUCAGCAGCAAAAAUUUACUAUGAGCGGUCUGCUGGAUGUGACAUGGGCACUUGCAUCAGCCGCUCACUGGACGCCAAAACUGGCAGACCUCGCUGCAGCAGUACGCGAGCGCGGUGGGCUCAAGACAAUAAAAAAAAAUUAUCAAUUCACGGGAUUGCUCUGGAGCUUUGCUCAGUUUGACCACAAUCCAGGCCUAUUCUGCGAGGUGCUGCCACCCAAGAAAGUGGCCGAGUUUGAGACCCACCAGCUGAUCACCGCUUGCUGGAGCCUGUGCGUGCUCCAAGAGACGCAGUCUGAAGUCUUCAAGUCCUUGUGGAGGGAGCUUGGCACUAGGGAAUUGCCUGCGACCCCCAUGAAGGACGCCAUAGCAUGUCAGCUCUGUCAGAUAAAGAUGGAGUUCAGAGGGAAGGAGGAUCUCCUCUUGGGCACGGAUGUCCAUGCACAGAUACUUGAGAAGGCUGACAGGUGUUGGAAGCAUGACCUGCGGACCACGGACUUCCAUAUGUCGGCGCAGCAUGCAGAGACAUGCAGGGCCUUGAAGGGCAUGGGUUUGGAGCACAUAUAUGAAGAUGUGUCCACCGGAUAUGCCGUGGACAUAGCCAUUCCCGAGCUGCGCAUUGCUGUGGAGAUAGAUGGGCCCACCCACUUUGCAAGGAAUGCCAAGCGCAGGCUCGGCCCCAGCAUCAUGAAGCACCGCCAACUCGACGACAUGGGCUGGCAUGUGUUCCCAUUGACAGCCGAGGACUGGGAGUCUGCAGAGUCCAGCGCUGCAGCGUUACAGAAGCUGCGCGAUUUCAUUCGCAUGAACAGUCUUCCAGGACCAGUUACAAACUGUCGGGCGGUCUUCAGUCCAGGGGAUGUCAAAGAAGGCAAUUGCGACGCAUAG